UCAGAGGCAGGGAAUCUCAUUUAUUCGCGCUUUCAAAAGUCACGGCCGGAUUUUCAAGAACUUUCCGUCGAUGUGAAGUGAAGCGGAGCGAGAAAAGCUGCUUUUAAACACAGAAUGGCUCACAAACAGAUUUAUUACUCUGAUAAAUACAAUGACGACCACUACGAGUACAGGCAUGUCGUUUUGCCUCGGGAGUUGGCCAAGCAAGUCCCCAAGUCCCACCUGAUGUCUGAGGACGAGUGGAGGAGGCUCGGAGUUCAGCAGUCUCUCGGAUGGGUACAUUACAUGAUUCACGAACCUGAACCCCACAUCCUGUUGUUUAGAAGGCCUCUCCCAAAGUAGUACUGACCAUGUGACCCUCUGAUCUUCUGGAGCCUUCCUGCAGAUUAUUCUGGUAUUCAGUGAAUACUUUUGACAUUUUAUGUUUAUAACCUCCUGUGCAUGGGCUGGAUUUUUCUCAGCCACUACGCUCAGUCGGAGAAUCAAAAAUCAAGACGAUGCAUAAGGAGUCGACGUGAAAUUCAACAAGAGCCCUCGAACAAACAAACAAACAAGCAAAUUCUGUCUACUGAUCGAUCUGAUAUACUGUCAUGGCACAGGGAGAGAAAGUUGAAGCUAAUCACGAUUGUCUUUCUAGUACAGUUAUUCAGAUGAUGCACUUCGACCAAGUAAUUUAGGAAUGGCACUUAAAGGAGCUUUCGGUGUAAACGAGUUCUUGUGUUACACAAAGCGUUUGUCAGGUGAAGUGAAAUGGUCAAGCCUUUUGAAGCAAGCUAGAUUUUCUAAAAAUGUUUAAAAAAAAAGACAAAGGAGUGCCAAAAAAUCGAUGUAAUGUCAGUGUGUGUCUGGGGUUCAACAGAAUGUUUAAAGUUAUGUACAGAAAAUUUAUGCACAGUCAAUAAUCGAGGACCACUGAUGUGUUAGAUGUGCCUUAUAGUGUUAAAUAAUGUUGACUUGGAGGAAUGGUAAAAUGACAACGCUUCUGUUAGUUACCAUAUCAAAAAGACCAAGAAACCAGCAUGUCUUGUAAAAUCUAAUAAAUGCUUGAGCAUAUAAA